CCCGGGAUUCCACCAAUCGGGAGCCGAGCCGGCCUGAGGGGAGACGAGGAGGCCGCGCGGCCUAACCCGGCCUUGCCUUUCGCUUCGUCCGCCGCCGGGCAAGAGCCGCGCCUUCGCCGCCUUCCCCUCCGACGCCGCCAUGGCCGCUUCGCGGUGGGCGCCUCAGGUCUUUCGUUUACUAGGGGGUUUCAAAUUCCAAAAACAGGUGACCAGACGUUUUGGUAGUGCUGCACAGACAGUGACUUUGAUUCCAGGAGACGGCAUCGGACCGGAGAUUUCAGAGGCCGUCAUAAAGAUCUUCGAAGCUGCUGCUGCUCCCAUUGCGUUCGAAGAGAGAAACGUGUCAGCGAUUCAAGGGCCCGGAGGGAGGUGGAUGAUCCCUCAAGAUGCCAAAGAUUCCAUGGACAAGAAUAAAAUAGGACUGAAAGGCCCUUUGAAAACUCCCAUCGCCGCCGGCCACCCGUCGAUGAACCUACUGCUCCGCAAAACGUUCGACCUCUAUGCAAACAUCCGCCCCUGCGUCUCGAUAGAAGGCUACAAAACCCCCUACACAGAUGUCAACAUAGUCACAAUACGAGAGAACACGGAAGGCGAAUACAGCGGCAUCGAGCACGAGAUUGUCGACGGCGUCGUACAGAGCAUCAAGCUCAUCACGGAAGAAGCCAGCCGGCGUAUCGCGAACUUUGCUUUCGAGUAUGCCAGAAACAACCACAGAAGCAAAGUGACAGCAGUACACAAAGCAAACAUUAUGCGAAUGUCCGACGGCCUCUUCUUGAAAAAAUGCAGGGAAGCAGCAGAGAACUGUAAAGAUAUUAAAUUUAAUGAAAUGUAUCUCGACACAGUGUGUCUGAAUAUGGUUCAAGAUCCAAGUCAGUUUGAUGUCCUUGUUAUGCCAAAUUUGUACGGUGACAUCCUGAGCGAUUUGUGCGCAGGACUGAUUGGUGGUCUCGGAGUAACGCCAAGCGGGAACAUUGGUGCUAACGGAGUUGCCAUCUUUGAAUCGGUUCACGGCACUGCUCCCGACAUCGCUGGGAAGGACUUGGCCAACCCCACCGCCCUGCUCUUGAGCGCGGUGAUGAUGCUGCGUCACAUGGGCCUGCAAGACCAUGCCAGGAGAAUAGAGGCCGCCUGCUUCGAUACGAUCAAGGACGGGAAGGUCUUGACCAAAGAUUUAGGAGGCAACGCCAAGUGCUCAGAAAUCACAGCGGAGAUAUGUCAGAGAGUGAAGGAUAUGGAAUAACGACAAACACUCCCGCCCUAUGUAUCGUGUCAGUUUCAAGCACUCCUGACGGAUCUUCUUACUUCAAACGCAUUUGCUGCCUGCAAUUUAUAUAUACUUUUGGUUUGACUUUCCCUCAGAGAAAGCAAGCUUCUUCCUCUGUUUUUUUUUUUUAUGACGAAGCCUCUUUGUUAAAUCACUUCAGCCCAAAUGGAUGGUAUUAUUCUCGUGCCUUUUUUCUUUUUUUGCCAGACCGCUUUCUAAGUGCAUUUUCGUCCAUUUAUAUAUGUGUUGCACAUCCUUCCCCCCCAUCCCCCCCUCUCUCUUUUUUGGGGGGGUAGAAGUUCUUUUAGGGUACAGGAUGAAGUAGUCGGCCAUCUUUCCCAUUUCAGAAUCUUUUUUGCUUUCCAGAAAUCCCUUAGUAUGAGAAUGCGCAACCUUAAAAAGUGGAUUUGCUGGGUUUAUUCAGUCUGUGGUCUGUAUGGAGCGCAGGCUGCUCUGGGGCCUUUAAAAAUAGCACAGGUCUAUAUAUAUAUAUAUAUAUUUCCUAAAGCAAAACAAAAAAAACUUGAAUUAACCUCUUGAGAGGCCAGUGGAAAGAAUACCUUUGAAUGUGCUCUUUCAGCACCUGAGAAUUGUCCUAUGAAAGCAAUGAGUAAAUGACUUCUGUUUGCGUAAGCUCUGGAUUUUCAAAGACUGUGCAUAAAAUCCAGGGCAUCUUAAACCAUGUGGUGUCUCUGCAUCUAGAUAGACUCCCCCCAACCCCCAGAUGGCUUGAUCUAGCAGCUUUCAAUGAAGAUGAAAUGCAAACUGAUUUUGUCCGCUGUUGAUCAAAAGGCGGGGGGUGGGGGGGGGGCGUCUUUUUCGAUCUGAUACCAAAUACACUGUCCGCUAUUCCCAAAUCUGAGGGCCUUUAUGUUACGCUCACUUCCUGUACUAUUAUUCAGUUUACAUUUAUACUCCUCUGUAAUAAGUGGUUAUUCAAAACAACCAAAACGGAAGACGAAUGAGAUUAUGUAGCCAGCCCGGGGGGAAGAUGAGGCAAAGGGGACUCUCAGCUGGCGUGGCUGAAGACCGUCCUGUGUCACUGUUUCUACUCCAAAUAACAUCCGGUAGUACAAAACGGACACCGUAAUAGAUCCCUGUGGUGUCUUCCCUUCCCUGCGGUCGGCAGCUAGUUAAAUAGAACAGGGCUGGGGAGGCUCACAGACCCGUGGCGCGGUCGGGUUUCGAAGCCCCCAUCCGGUUUUCUGCACACUGCCAUGCAUCUUCCACCAUGCCGGGUUCCAGCAUGAGAGAGGCAGGAAGCAGGAUUCUGGGUUUUUUUAUCUCCCCUCUUACGGGCUCUGCCUGAAAAGUGUCAAAGUGCUAAACUUUUUCCUUGUCCCAUGUUACGUUUGGGGGGAACGUGCGUGACGCCUACCCCUAUGAAUGUUUCAGCGUAACAGCCAGUUUCUCCAGUACGUGUGGUACACUUCCACCCUCUCUCCAAAACCCUGUUUGUUGAACUUCAGCUGUCCGCUUCUCGAACUGUGAGCCCAAGCUUUAUAGAGUCGGUCUGCCUCGUCCCCCGGAUUCCCCACUCGGCUUCUGCACAACCCAAAUUGGCGAUGCUGAGGGUUCAGGAGUCUGUGGUCUUAUUCUCUCUCUCCCCCCCCCCCCAUUUCUGCAUUGAGAAUACUUGUUAAUUUCCGUUUUUGUACCUCAGUAUGGGCUGGCUUGAAAGAAAGAACUCUUGCUGCUUCUGUGUUUUAUCUGCUGCUGCUUCCGUCUCUUUGGAUUGUACUGGGGGGAAUUACCAAUGGCGCACAAGGUGGAGAAAACAGAAUAAAGAUCUCCCAAAGACA